AUGCCAUGUCUUUUCAUAUUUUACCACAUUAUGACGCGUUUAAAGCCACCGCUUCGAAGUCCAAAGACAUAUUACAUGGACGUAUUCAAAGCUUUACUACUUGGUGUCCUUAUUGGACUGAUAUUAUCGUGCAUGUUGCGAGAAAUCAUAGUUAAUACCCCAAACAACGUUGUAAAUUGUGAGACACACAGUCAAACACGGAAGACAAGAUCCUUGUCGAAAGAACCAAUGAAAAGACCUACGAACUUAGCGCUGGAAUUGAAGAAACCGAAAUAUUUUUUACUUAUUGGUAUUAUGACUGCUGAGCGUUAUAUCACGACUAGAGCCAAGACUAUUAUUGAAUCAUGGGGAAAUAUGAGUUCAGAUUCGGUCAAAGUCCUAUUUUUUUUAGGGGAAAUGGGAAAUAGUAGUUUAGAUUUCGAUGUAGUUCGUCUUUCAGGUGUUGAUGAUUCCUAUCCACCGGUGAAUAAAUCUUUCAUGAUGUUGAAGUAUAUUUAUGUGAAUUAUAUCGGCGAUUUUCAUUGGUUCAUACGUGCUGAUGAUGACGUCUACAUGCGAAGCGAUAAGCUGGUGGAACUACUUCACCAGUUUGACAGUUCACAGAAUAUAUUGUUGGGUUACGCUGGCCAGGGAAAAUUUGAAGAGAAAGGUAAACUCGGUUUGAAAGAUGGUGAAAAUUUCUGCAUUGGUGGUGUUGGAGUUAUCAUGAGUGAAAGUGUUGUCAGGAAUGUCGCACCAUAUUUGUCUAUAUGUUUAAAUGAAACUGCAAGCGCACACGAGGAUUCUGAAUUAGAAAGAUGUAUACGUAAAUAUGUUGGUGUAAUGUGUCCCUGGGCUAAAGAGAGUCAACAUCUGUUUACUCAAAUUUUUAAAAGACCGGAGAGGAUUUUUGGGGAUAGUUUGAGUAAAAGUCCCUUCAGGAAUGCACUAAGUGUCCAUCCAAUCAAGGAGAGAUCUUAUAUGCUUCAUACACACCAUUAUUUUCUCACCAAAUAUCUUCUCGAUGUUCAACAUCGUGCUGCUGUUUUGAAUCAUAGAUUCUCUAAGAUCCGCAAAAUCUCUCAAUAUCCCAGGAACAACACUGCAUACCUUCGAAGGUCCAACUUUGACGGCUUGAUGUUUGUCAAUAAUAGUUUGCCAUGGGAAUUUUCCGAUUAUAUGCAUGUUUAUGGCUUAAGUGAGGAACCGCUAGCGUGGGUCAGUGGUCCAUUACAGAGUGGCAGAAAAAAUAUCAUUAUUGGUGUGAUGGAAACUAUAAAUGAUAUGGCUCGCCAAUUGCAGGAAUUGCCUGAAGAUUUCAAGAAGGUUCACACUAUGUGGCAACGUAAUCAUCCCACUUUUGGUUUACAAUAUACAAUGGGUUUGGAAACAUUAUUGAGAAGCAGUGAUGCCAGUAAAACUUUCCUUCCCCGUCGUACUCAGCGUAAUAUGCAUUUUCAACAACGUUACGGACCGUUGUUAGCGAACAUCUUGACUAAAAGUUCUGACUUGUCUUCUGAGGUUUUUCUACAUUUCAUUGUUCCGCUAGCUGGACGUUUCGAUACUUUCAUUCAAUUUCUGAGCAGCUUUAAGAAAUCAUUCCUGAAGCCAAGACUCUCUGUUAGCCUUCUCGUCGUAUAUUUCCCUGACGUUUCUUCGCCAGCAAGACACAAAAGAAUUUUUGCCGAAUUUAAAGCCAGUCACGCGGGCUUUGAUCUUUCUUGGUCUGAACUACGUGGUGAUUUCUCCCGAGCACGAGCUUUGGAGUUUGGGGCGAGCUAUUACCAGAAUAAUUCCCUUCUCUUUUUUGCGGACGUGGAUCUGACAUUUGAUAAAGAAUUCUUUUACCGUUGUCAAGCCGGUAGUAUCCCUGGAAAGCGAGCGUACUUUCCCAUGAUGUUCAGUCAAUUCAAUCCUGAUAUUUUAAAUUAUAAUUCAUCUGUUCACCGCCGAAUAAAGAGAUCCCAGGUCGCAUUUCCUUCUGGCUUUGCACGCCUACAAGGGGUGUGGCGAAAAUACAGCUUUGGACCAGCAUGUGUGUAUUCAAAGGACUAUUUCGCUGUUGGUGGGUUUAACACCUCUAUACAAGGAUGGGGCGUCGAGGAUUUGGAUUUCUUUGAUAAAUGCUUGCGUCACGAUUUGGAGGUUUUACGCGCGCCCGACUUGGGUCUGGUACACACGUAUCACGUGCAGUCGAAUUGUAAGGAUCCUAGAAUGAACAGUGAGCAAGCGCAGAUGUGCGAGAUGUCGAAAAGACAGAAUAUAGCGUCAGAAGCUUCUUUGGUGGACUAUAUGUUAGAUAAAGCUUAUUUAUAAUAAACUAUUCAUUUUAAAUAGUAUUUGAUAAUAGUCAAUUAUAUUUUAUACAAUAUUGAUCAACACAAA